AUGGACGAUGGUAACAUCUUCGCAGACACACGAAACCAUCACAUUGCCGGUCAAAGUUCAGUGGGUCAACAAGAUCGCUCAAGCGACGAAUAUCUAUUAGAAAGGAUGAACGCCUUCGAUGAUCCCGACGAUAGCAUCUUCGACGGUCUUAACAUCCCCGACGAUGUUGUUGUUGACGUCGAAGAUAUUAACAUCGACGAUGGUGACAUCUUCGAUGGUGUUGUUAUCAAUGAAUGAAUGAAUGCUCACCCAUAUAUUGCGUAUUAUUUAUUUGUCAUUCCAAAAUAUUUCGAAAGUGAAAAAAAAAAUGGAAAAACAGC